AUGGGCUACAAUCUAUCUCUUUACCGAGAGAUGGCUUCCUCCGCCGCUGCCGCUGCCGCUGUUGCUGCCAGCGCGGCCAGUUUCGAUGACUAUUAUGCUAUCUUGCAGGUGCCAUGCAACGCUUCACACGAGACAAUUACCAAGAGCUAUCGCCGUCUCGCCCUUGAGUGCCAUCCGGACAGACGCCCUCAGGACCCAGAGAGCACAGCUCAUUUCCAUAGACUGUCGGCAGCCUACGAGACAAUGAAAGCUCCCUGGUUGAGGGGUCAGUACCACACUAUCUGGACCCACUGGAAGCAAUAUCACGUCGUGCCUGAGCUACCACAGUCAUUCUACUACACAGCAAACCCGCACCAGCCGCAAGCUUCUUUCUUCUUUCAUCCAGAGCACACUGAACCCUGCCCAUACCUGGAUACCUACGGCGCAAGACCAGUGCUCGAUGUGCCUUACGCCAAUACAGACGACGGCAACUGUGAGAAGAAGGAGCGGGUGAAUGUGGACAAGUCAAAGAAAGAUGCCGAAAUCCUAGGAUGGAUUUCGACCGUCAAGAGCGUGGAGGACGAGGCCAAGGAAACAGUCCGUCGACAGAUCAUGACGCUCGUAACGGAAAUGAAGGACCUCCUGGCCCUAUUCUACCAGGAUCCCCAGCUGUUCCGCGAUGACUUUAAACCUGCCAAGUACGAGCACGUCUUGAGGGAUUCCAACUGGUUGUCCGACGCCUUGGAUGGAUGCACUUUGGAGGAUCUGCAGAAGAAGCUCACUAUGCUGCAAGCCACCGACGCUGAGGCGGUGCACAAGCUAGUCCGUAUGCAGUUGAAGAGAAAGAGAAAUGUCGACGAUGAAGGCCAGGAUCUCGAAGCUGUCACCCCUGUCAAAGUCUCGAAGAAUGCGGAUACAAACGCUGUUGAAGGGGUCGACACAGAUGUUGAGAUGCAAGACGCUCCCGCAGACUCUACCGCCGACAGUGGUCCAGGCUUAGUAUCUCACAAUAGGAAGUGUGAUGGAUAA